AUGGAUACCCCAACAAUGGACACUAUAUACGAGGCCAUAAGCGCCUUGUAUGAUAACCCUAAUGCCAACGAAAAAGAAAAAGCCUCACGAUGGCUUGGCGAAGUACAGAAAUCUAUUCAUUCGUGGAAGAUAGCCGACGAACUCCUGCAGCAGAAAAAAGAUUUGAAUUCAUGUUAUUUCGCCGCCCAAACAAUGAGAUCGAAAGUACAGCACAACUUGUCUGAACUACCCGCUGAAGCACAUGUAUCUCUCAGAGAUACUUUAGUAACUCACCUAGAACGAACAUCUCCAGAAAACAGCGCUUCAGUUCUCACACAGCUUUCGCUCGCCCUUGCUGACCUAGCACUACAAAUGCCUUCUUGGAAAAACUGUAUUAGUGACCUAAUAAAAUCAUUUUCAAACAAAAAUGAUUUUGCAUUAAUAGAAAUACUGACUGUGUUACCUCAAGAAAUAGAUUCGUCUAGUUUAAAACUCGGCGAGAAUAGACGAGAUGAAAUUAAGAAUGAAUUGAGGUCAAAUACUGAAAUAGUGACGUUAUUCCUAAAGGAAAGUAUAACUAAUUCUCAGAAUACGCAUGUAGCUCUUAAAAUUAUUAAGUGUAUGACAUCUUGGAUACAAGUGAGAGCUGUAAACAUAGAGGAGAUUCCGCAGAAUGCCGUUAUAGGGUUUAGUCUACAAGUUUUACGUGAUCAAAAUUCAAUAAACACCCUGCACGAGGCAGCGUCCGAUUGUAUUUGUGCAUUGUUGCACUGUUUAGAGGAAAAUAACAACAAUGAAAACAUUGAAAGACUAUUGUUUGAUAGUGUGUCUGCUCUGGAGGAGAGCUAUCACAUGGCCGUAGCUCACGAGGAAGAUGAAAAGGCUACUAAUUAUGCGAGAGUUUUCACAGAGCUAGGGGAGACGUUCUUAGAGAAAAUUGUUGUGUCCAUAUCAGGUGGAACUCCACAUUUUGCUUUAAGGUCUUUGGAACUGGCUUUGGUGUGUGUUGGACAUCAUGAUUAUGAGGUAGCAGAAAUAACCUUCAAUUUAUGGUAUCGCCUAUCAGAAGAAGUUUACCAGAGAGACUAUCAGCCCCUGACGGAAUCCUUCAAGCCUCAUGUAGAGAGGCUUAUUGAAGCACUAGCGAGGCAUUGCCAAUGUGAGCCAGACCAUACACAGCUGCCAGAAGAAGGAGAAGAGUUCUAUGAAUUUCGUAGCAAAGUGAUGGGUCUCAUUAAAGACGUGGUAUUCAUCGUGGGGAGCAGUUCCGUGUUCCGGCAGAUGUUCGCAACGCUGCAGGCCGACAUCUCCUGGGAGCAGACUGAAGCUGCACUGUUCAUCAUGCAGUCUGUAGGCAAGAAUAUAUUACCUGAGGAAUACACUUACGUUCCCAUGGUCGUAGAAGCCAUCCUGUCCAUGCCUGAGGGAACUCAUCUCGCUGUUCGCAAGACUUGUAUCUUGUUACUUGGAGAGCUGUGCGAGUGGAUCGAACGUCACGGGGAGUGUUUGGAACCCUGCUUGCAGUUCCUCGUCAGAGCGCUGCAGGAUAAACAGUUGGCAUAUGCUGCAGCUACUGCUUUACAGAGCAUUUGCAAGGCGUGUCGGCCGCAGGCCUCGAAUCACGUGAGCACGUUGAUGCGUGCGGCGGCCGCCACCGACGAGCUGUCGCUGAGCCCGCUCGCCGCCUCCGCGCUCAUGCGCGGUCUCGCCUCCGCCAUCGGUUGUCUGCCGCAUCCACAGCUGGCGGUGGCGAUGCGCGAAGCGGUCUCGCUGCAGGUGGCGAGCCUCGCGGAACUCGUGAAGUCCGGCGGCGAGGUGCGCAAGGGCACGGCGAGCGACCCGUGCGUGUGGCUGGACCGCAUCGCCGCGCUGUUCCGCGACGUGGACGUGAGCAUCACCGUGGCGCAGGACGACCACCCGUGCCUGCCGGCGCUGGCGGACGCGUGGCCCGUGCUGCAGCAGGUGCUGGAGAAGUACGGCGCGGACGGUCGCGUGACGGAGCGCUGGUGCCGCUGCGUGCGGUUCGGCGUGCGCUGCUCGGGGCGGCGCUGCGCGGCGCUGGCGCCGGCGCUGUGCGGCGUGCUGCGGGCGCACUACGGCGCGCGCGCGCACUCCAGCGCGCUGUACCUGGCCGGCGUGCUGCUGGACGAGCUGCACGCCACGCCCGCCGCCGUGCCGCACCUCGUGGCGCUGCUGCGCGACGUGCUGCCGCGCGCGCUGGCGCUGCUGCAGCGCGACGCCGGCCUCACCGACAACCCCGACACCGUCGACGACCUCUUCCGUCUCUGCAUCCGAUUUCUCCAGCGCAUCCCUCUGGAAUUCUUAUCCUCGGGCGUCUUACCAACGGUCCUGCAAUGCGCUACGUUAGCCUGCAGCCUCGACCACCGGGACGCUAACUCUUCAGUUAUGAAGUUUCUGUAUGACUUCAUCAAAAUGGGGAACAAACCCAGGACGGCAGACAAACAACAGAUAAAAGCGCUGACGGACGGCCUGCUGUCCGCGCACGGCUCCGAGCUGACGCACGCGCUGGUGGCGGCCAGCGUGCUGCACCUGCACGCGUACAUGCUGGCCGAGGUGGGCGAGGUGCUGCUGGAGCUGCUGCAGUGGCAGCGCGCGGCCGGCCACGACUGGCUGCAGGCGGCCCUCGCGCGCCUGCCCCGGGACCGCGCCGCCGCCGCCACGCAGCACCAGUGCUGGCAGUUCCACCAGUACGCCAUGAGAGCCGAAAAAAACAAGGAGAUGACCCGGUUGCUGCGCGAAUUCGCGAGAUUGUACCGAUAA